UCAUCAUCAAGUCAGACGAACUGUGUGUGUGAGAGGUUCUGUGACGGACAAAAAUUGGCUCUUGGCUUUUGUACACCUGAAACCUGCCAAAAUUGUCCUGCUUUAGUUUUGGAGACGGACGCACCAUAGACCACCUCAGCGAUUGCAUCCUUGCAAUAGCUCCUUUGCAAGAUGGAGGCAUUUGUCCUGACCUUACUUAUCGUCUCAGCUCUAUGUGACGGGCUGCCUACCCAGGAGACGAUUGAAUGGUCUCACGGAAACUUUAGCGACCCUGGUCUCCUUGUUACCGGUGAGAGCACCAGCGAUGGAACUUGUGUUUGUAAGGUGCAAGUUCCUGCUACGGUCAUCUGUACCGAUUACCAGGCAGAGAGCAACUUGCAAAAACUGCAGGAGAUCCAACAACAGGUUUCACAGCUGACACUUGAAGUCAAGAAACUUAACGAGACGACCAACUUGCACUCUCAGCUCUUCGCUGCAUUUGAAAGUAAUCUGACAGAAGUCACUUCGACCUUUGAACUCAUCGAGGGAGGGCAGGUGCUCGUCACGAGGCUGGAGAUAGAGGGCGUGCUCUCUCGGAUCCGGAGCAUGGAAUCCACUCUGUAUUCGCUACGGGAGUGGCACGGAAUUGAGACGGACGUGGCUCACAUGAGCAGAAUCCAAAUCAUGAUGAAUGAGGCCUCAAACAUCACCAAAAUAAUGGAUGCAAUGGCGUCACAGAAUAUUAUCGACGAUUCGGCUGCCAUGCAGCGUGAAAUCUUGUCGUUGACCGACCAGCUGAGGUCUUGCAAUGACCAUGUAACGUCGGCAGGUGGCGAUGGCGGGUCACAGUUGGCUGGCGUAGCGACCGAAAUGCCGGCAACCGGUCAACAGGAUAAGGUUGAUGAGAGCGAUACGCUGCCGCGGCUGUGGCCUGCAAAAAAGACACAAAAUUCCUGUGGGAAACUGCUGGAUGUCUCAGAACCUUACACCGUUCGUGGAAACUUACUGACCAACGGCACGUGGAUGCGAGAUCCCUUAAUGAACACAGACAUUGUCUACUAUCACGGAUUCAAGUCUGGCUAUAGGACCAGCGACAGUCCUACCUAUUUUAAGAGUGGUUCCUCUGUCAAAUCUUUCCAACGGGGUGAAACCCAUCAGAUAGCUGGAGAAAGUCUGGAAUUUGUCGUCGAAUCUGUCGUUCGCAACGGAGUCGUUUACACGUACUCCAGAAGUGAGAUUACUGAACGUUACCAUGAUUACUACCACCGUACAAGAACAGUCUAUGAACAAAACUUAAGUAAGAUAGAGCUAUCCCACAGCUUAUUCCCUCCAAGAGCGACUGACGACGAGUUCCAGCGGGGAGUAACUGCGACUGAGCUCGAACAAGCGAGGUACCUGCCUCCCACCGUCGUGCCUAAUGCAGACCUGACCGUGGACGAAUCGGGGCUGUGGCUGUUGUACGGCGAUUCGCGCGGCAUGCUCACGGUUAGCAAGGUGGACCCGGACACUUUGCAGUUCAACCACACCCUGCACGCCGCCUACCCCAAGGACCGCCUGGGUAACUGCUUCGUGGCCUGCGCUAAGGUGUACUGCGUGGACAGCUACACCGAUUUCGAUUCUCGAGUGUCGUACUUCGUGGACACAGAGAGCGGGUUCGAGGGCUUCACUAAUAUCCCCUUCAUUAUCAAAUACGGUAGUCUGUCUUCCCUCGAGUACAAUCCGUAUGAUCAGUUGCUGUACGGAUGGGAUAACGGACAUGCCGUCAUCUACUCACUGACCUUUGAAUGAUUCUGAACGAUUGGCUCUUUUCAAACUCUGCCAGACCAACUUAAGGCUUAGGCCACUUUGGCAUGCUGAAACUUUUGCAGCUUGUAGGUUUAGUUCAUUUUGCAUAAAAUGUCUGAGUGAUACACUCCUCUGAUUGACAAGAAGCAAAUCGUUGUAAGGGUUGGGAUGGUUUGAGGUAAUCCAGGAUGACGACAUUAUUGUGGAGGCAUCUUCCUUUCUAUUUGUAAACUUUGCGAGGUGCCCGAGCUUGUGUAUUUUGCAAACGUACCACCACACAUGCGCACGAACCUGCCAAAGGAGUAAUGACUUUUCUGGUCGUGGGGAAAAUAAGUACACGAAUUUAGACUUACUUAAGAAUUAUCUUGGUGUCAGCGAUAACGUUGAAUGACCUUAGUUGCGCUUGCAAACUGUCGAGGAUGCGGUAAAGCUGGAGAGUGAGAGAUUGCUCACAAUAGUGCGCCUCCAAGAGUUUGCAACUCGUUAGCCAAUCACAAUGCGCGAAAUCU